AUGUCGAAAAAGUAUGGUUUGAUUGAACGGAAUGCUGAAGCCGGCCCGGUCAAAAAGCAUGCUGCUUUUGCAAGUGAUUCGGAAUCGGAUGACGGCGGAACGAGCCGGGUGAAGAUAGAGCUAGGGGCCAACCAGAAACGACAGGCGCAAGCCAUGCAGCAGAAGGCCAUGGAGGAAGAUCCGACUAUAUUUCAGUACGACGAACUGUACGAUGACAUGGUGGAGAAGAGGGAAAAGACAGUUGGCCAGGGGAAGGAACAGGCCGUCGAACGGAAGCCCAAGUACAUCGGCAAGCUAAUGGAAACAGCCGAGCGGCGUAAGAAGGAACAAGAACGGCGCAUCGAGCGGCAGGUGCAGAAGGAGCGCGAAGCGGAGGGUGAAAAGUUCAAGGACAAGGAAUCCUUCGUUACGUCGGCCUACCGUGCCAAGCUGGAGGAGAUGAAAAAACUGGAAGAGCAAGAGAAGCGUGAGGAGUACCUCGAGUCGAUCGGUGACGUGACGAAACAAUCCGAUUUGGGUGGCUUUUACCGGCACCUAUAUGAGCAAAAGACCAAAAAUGAACAAACCGAUGCCAACGGCAAGGAAGCAACACCAGCUGUCCCAGGUGAAGGCGGAUCUCACGACGAUGCACAGGCGCAUGAGGAAUACAAGAAGCCAGAGAAAGAAGAAAAAGCUGCAGACCGUGCGAAACCUCCCCAGCGGGAGCGAAAGUACCGCAAGCGGAAGUCAGACGAUGAAAACGAGGCGGACGAGCAUGAGGCACCGACCGAGCGGACACAUCUGCAGUCCAAUUUGGAUGCGGACUCGGAUUUCAGUAUUGACUCGGACAGCAGCGAGGAAGAAUCUGACAGCAAGGAGGAACCUGUCGCCGACAUUAAGAAAGAGAGCGAAGAGCCCACAAACCAAGAAACAAACGGUCAUGCGACGAAUGGCGCUGCUUCGAAAGAGGAGGGCGCAAAUGAGGAUGCCACAGAACCACCGAAUGAGGAACCGGUUGCCAAAAAGCCAAAACCGCCACCGGUUGACAUCUGGAAGAAGCGAACCGUCGGGGACGUAUUCGAGGCCGCCCGGCAGCGUUACUUCGAAAGGCGCCAGAUGCAGGAAACUUGCUAGUAAACGGAUCAUGGCAAAUACAU